AUGGCUCAGAAACCCAGUCCCACAGCAGCCACGAGCAUACAACAGGUAUUAUCCCCUACCACUCAAGAGGACACAAAAAUAUUGUCCCCCACCAAAGAGGACCCAAUAACAUUGCCCCACAUCCCUGAAAGGGCACCAGCCUGCCCCAUAGCAUGGAACAAACAUGGCAGAAAAUGCUACUACUUUUCUCCAGAGAGGAAACCAAAGGACUGGAAUGCCUCCCAUGCAGAAUGCACUGCCAUGGGCUCAGACCUGGUGGUCAUUGACAGCAGGGAAGAGCUGAAAUUCCUGCACAAAAAAUCAAAAGAUAAAUACUACUUCCUUGGUCUCAGAUACUCUCCAGAGGAGCAGAAGUGGAAGUGGAUCAACAACGUGGAACAUGACCCAGCCAUGUUCAGCAUAAGCGGACAAUACCGAGACUAUCUCUGCACAGCCAUUGGAUAUGGUGAAGUACAUGCUGCAGGAUGUGGUGGAGAUAACACAACACAAAAUAUGUGUGAAAGAGCUCCAAGAAUGACAAAAAGGCAUUAG